GCCCAUUUCACUACCCAUCUUCUUGGGCACAACUUUUUUUUCGCGCAUUCUCUACUGUAUAGGCAUUCGGGGUCUCAAUUGAGUAGUUUAACGCAGCAAUGGCUCGUACUCGAUCCAAACCGAAGGCCAAAGCGACCAAGGAGAGCACCCCAGAACCGCCGACUUCAAAUGCCAAACCGCUCCUACCCAGCACUUCAAACCCUCCGAAGUUAUUUGUCCUACCGAAAGACACGUCGAAAGAUGCGCGCAUAGUCACAUUGGACAACCCAGCAAGCGGUGUGCCCUCUCGGUAUUACUUCUGCCCGGACAAGGGCGUCCAUGAGUUCACGCGCAUUGCGGCGCCGAAGAAGGCUUGCAGGAGUUGGCUUAUAACGCCAGAGAAGAGCUCGGGUAGCAACGAAGAGGAAGAGGAGGGGCACGAUGGUACCGGCAUUGGUAGUGGAUAUGUCACAAAGGCGGCAGAUCUAUUCGUCGCUACACCUAUUGAUCUGAUGUUCCUCCUCCUGCCAGUCCUAGCCCCGAAGAAUGCAAAGGAGACGAAGCAACAUUUCCUAGCGCUGGAUGACCAUCUGGAUAAUCUUUCAUCUUCCUCGCGGCAUUGGAAGGUCUUAUUGGCGCAACAUCCAACACUGAAGGCCAUGAUAGGGAAGAGAAUGGGAACAGUGUGCGACACAGUAGACGCCGGCGACGAGACCAUGUAUCGGCUAUCGCACGGGAAACUGCUAGCCAUGCUGUUGAAAAAGGCAGAAAGAAUGUGCAAGAACGGGCUGCCUCAAUCCAUGGAAGAGAAGUUCGUCAAGACAGCGCUCGAAGUACCUGUCAUGAACAUCAAGCGCGAGGAGAGCACUCUCAGCGUAGUGUCCGACACGCCUUCGAUGCCUACAGAGGAUUCACAGGUAUCUGUCUCGACGCCGUCAACGAGCGUAGAGUCGCAGCUGUCGACUACGACAUCCAUGGACUCCCAAACCAGCACCGAGACCGCCGCAACCAGCGUGUCGUCUACAGAGGAGAUCGUCUCGAAACCCGCCCUACAGACUCCACCCGAAGUCCCUCACCUUCUCCGCCUGCGCACCGCCUUCACAUAUCUCCUAUGCUCCUACGUCCCACAAACCCUGCGGCCGUCUCUUCAAGAGUUGUUAAAGUCCAGCACAACCCCCUCCUUCACCCUCCUCGACAUGCAUCUCUCGGCCAUCGCCAAACUUCGGGCCGAGGCGAUGGCCUUACGCUCCAUUUCCGACAACAUUAGCCGCAAAAGAGUACUAGAAGAAGACGAGGAGAAGAUGGCUGAGCGCGAAGAAAAGAAGCGCAAAAAAGAGGAGGAUGAGAAAAAGAAGAAAACUGAGAGUAGAGGCAUCAAGCAGCUGAAAAAGGCGGAUACGAGUGGCAUGAAGAAGUUGAGUGCUUUCUUUGCCAAGGCGCCGAAGAAGGGUUGAGGUGCGGUGCUGUGUUGUGCUGUGCAUUGCUUUGGAUGAAAGGACAGGCGUCUGGAGUUUACGGGCAAGGCCCAAGGUGUUGCGAGUACCAAGGACAUCACAUCACUGGACGAUACCGGCUUAAUAAAAC